AUGUCCGUCAUUGAGAUAAGUUGCAUGGGUGUUCGGCCCUCCCUGGACAUCAUGGACGAAAGUACCCGUGAAGGCCAGAUCUUGAGGAAAGUAUGGGAUACGGUGACGACCGACCCCGGUGGCCCGCAUCGAGUGUAUUGGGGUCUGGAGAACGAUGAGUCGUCCAAAUUAUGGACCUUCUUCGACUGGGACUCUAUUGAAGACCACGAGCAUUAUGCAAAGAUGCUUGGCCCUGCGGCCGUGAAGGAUUUGCCAACUAUCUUGAACCGGGGUUUCUUCACAAAGCAUAUUACCGUGGCGCCGUCUCCGCCUAGUGCGCUUCGGUCUCCGAUGACGGACAUUAUACGGGCGUACUUCGCUUGUGAUAUCGCGAUCACCGACAAGGAUCUCGCUGCAGCGCAGAUACGGCUAUUUUUAGAGGAUAAGCUGCGACAUUGCCCCACCGCCGAAGGGUUGAGUUGUGGGUGGAGCGUGGAGAACGAUUUGCCCGUAUUGGGAGGGCCAGAAGGACAGACAGGGUCGAUGCUGAUUGCGUUUAUUGGCUGGCGGAGCGUCGCUGCGAACAAGCAGUUCUGGGCGGAUGAAGGGCUGCAGGAACUGGAGAGCUUGUUCCAGGGCAUGGAAGGAAUGAUUCAAUGGGUAAAGUUUCAUAUCCAUUGUCGCAGCCUCGCUCGCGAUUUAUAG